GGAGAAGUGAUCUUUUCUUCCCUAAGAUUAAAUAAUUAAAAGAGGAGAGAGAGAGAGAAGGCAAAGGAAAAUUCAGGAAAGGAGGCCGAAAGGAUAACCAUAAUCUACCCCUUAGCCACGAUCUUCCCUGGAAUCCCUUUUCCUUCUCUGUCUCCAAACUUAUCUCUGUUGAUUGUUGAUCAAUCGAGUGAUCAUUUACAUAUAUCUCUAAUCAGAUGAAGCCGUGAUCAAUCCUGGUAGAAGAAGAAGAAGAAGAAGAUCAAUAACAACAAAAGAAGCUUCUCUCUCACUCGGGCCGUCGCCAAGAAAAUCUCGCUCAUUGAAGCUUUUCUAUUCGCUGUUGAACUCCUCAUAUAUAAUCCAUUACAGCUCCGGAGGGAAAGAGAGAGAUUAAUCUAACAAUCGAUCGAGCGAACCCUAAUGGGUCAAGCCAUUCGCAAGCUGUUUGACGCCUUCUUCGGCAACAGUGAGAUGAGGGUUGUCAUGCUUGGCUUGGAUGCAGCCGGUAAAACAACCAUACUGUACAAAUUGCACAUUGGAGAAGUGUUGUCAACUGUUCCUACAAUUGGUUUCAAUGUGGAGAAAGUUCAAUAUAAGAAUGUCAUGUUCACUGUGUGGGAUGUAGGCGGACAAGAGAAACUAAGGCCACUGUGGAGGCAUUACUUCAACAAUACAGAUGGACUGAUAUACGUUGUUGAUUCCUUAGAUCGAGAAAGAAUUGGAAAAGCGAAGGCAGAGUUUCAGGCCAUUAUUAGAGAUCCGUUUAUGCUGAAUAGUGUCAUUUUGGUGUUUGCAAAUAAGCAGGACAUGAAAGGAGCAAUGACCCCGAGGGAAGUAUGUGAAGGACUUGGUCUCUUUGAUCUGAAGAACAGAAAAUGGCAUAUACAAGGGACCUGUGCUCUUAGGGGAGAUGGCCUGUAUGAGGGCUUGGACUGGUUGGCUGGAACUCUCAAGGAAUUAAGAGCCUCUGGUUACUCCUCUGUGGGUCCCUCAUCCUUCUAACUGAUCAGGUUUAAGGCACUGAGGGUUGCCAAUGGAUCUAUGGAGACUCAAGUCAACCAAUCACACAAUUUCCAGAGUCCAGAACUAAUUGAUUUUUCAGUCUGCGUUUAAAGCUAAUGUAAAGUUUUCCUAGGGUGCAUACUCCUGGUCACCCUGAAAUGUGUAUAUUGGGAUGCUGCCAGCCAUAUUGUCAAUGGAGAUUUUGGCUGCAGGAUGUUUCUGUGGUGUCAAUUCUUAGAUGUAUCAUUGUUCGUAUUAAUGAAGGUUUUCUCUUACCCAUAAAAAAAAAUGUAGGUCUGAUUUGGCAAUGGGGGUCUGUAUCUGCUUUGGAUGCCCCCCUAAAGCUAUUUGAAUGUGCAAUAUAAAGGUGAUUUAGUUGUAA